AUGCCGAAAUUUAGAAUGCUUCCGCGUACCUCGCGGAUCGUGGCAUUAUGCUCCGCUGCAAAUUUUAUAAACGCGGCGGAUCGCGUUAUAAUGCCUAUAGCGAUCGUUCCGAUGACUGAUGAAUUUAAGUGGAAUUUGCACUGGCAAGGCUGGAUACUUUCUGCCUUUGCCUUCGGUUAUUUUACUAGCCAGAUUAUCGGUGCAAAUACGGCUAGUCGUUUUGGAUGUAAAACGGUACUAAUGUUAGCAGUUCUAUUAUGGUCUAUUAGUACAGUUAUAACUCCAAUCUUGGCUCAAUCUGUUCCAUUGCUCAUCAUUUGCCGAGUGGUAUUGGGGCUUGGAGAAGGUCUAGGUUUACCAGUUAUUUUUCACCUGUUUGCACAUAGCGUCCCUGUAGAGGAACGGUCUCGUGCAUUCGGCUAUCUGGUAGCUGCUGGCUCUGUUGGGCAAGUAGUUGCCUCUGUUUUGUGCCCACAUUUGAGAUGGCAGACAGGAUUUUAUUUAUUUGGAACAAUUGGUAUUACAUGGACACUUUUGUGGUUGGUAUUGUACCAAGAAACUAAUUCUCAGGAUGAGAUUCCAUUAUUUGUACCUAAGGUAACGCAAAACCGGAGUUUGCGUUGGACCGAAUUUAUUUCCCAUUGGCCCUUGUGGGCACUGUACAUAGCACAUUUUGCGAUGAAUUGGAGUAACUACAUAAUAAUGCAAUGGUUGCCAACUUAUUUAGCAAGGAAUCUUUCUGCUAAUAAAGAAAGUAUUAGUUUGACGGCACUUCCAUAUAUUGUGAACUCUUUAGUUGGUAUUGUUGCUGGACACAGUGCUGAUAAUCUUAUACAAAAAAGAUGGUCUAUUUUAUCUGUAAGAAGGUUAAUGACGAACAUUGGUCUAGUGGGUCCCGGUGCAUUUUUAUUAGCAUUCUGUGCCGUGGACAAUUUACUUGCUGCAGUAAUCUUUGUUUCAAUAUCUAUGGGACUUUGCGCGUGUAAUUCUGCCGGUCACCUUAGCAACCAUGCUGAUAUAGCGCCGAACCAUGCGGGAAUCACGUUUGCGGUUUCAAAUACAAUUGCCACCAUACCGGGUAUUUUAUGCGGUCCAUUGACGGCGGAGUUAGUGACCGCGUCGCAUGGUCGUUGGAUGCCGGUCUUUGUUUUAGCCGCGGCAAUCAAUUUCACAGGGGCCAUAAUAUACCAAAGUCAUAGUUCUGCGCUUCCAGUGUUGUGA